GCUCUCUUCGCAGGUCCUGUGUCAGAUCAGGCUAUAAAUUGAUGGCAACAGGUUUGGAUCGCUACAGUUCGAUCGCUUGUCUUGUUCUGUGAACAUCAUCAACUCAUCCCAUCUUUCCCCUAGCAAUGGCUUUCAAGUUUUUGACAUUCUGUGCCUUGGUGGCCGUUGCCCGUGCUGGAGUUAUCUCUUCGCCAGCUCUGGUUUCUGCCCCUCUGACUUAUGCUGCUCCCUUGACCAAAACCUUGGUAGCUGCUCCAGUGGCCAAGGCCGUCGUUGCUGACGAGUAUGACCCCAACCCACAAUACUCCUACUCAUACGGAAUCUCCGAUGCCCUGACCGGUGACCAGAAGUCCCAGCAGGAAUCCCGCAACGGAGACGCCGUCCAGGGAUCUUACUCCUUGGUCGAUCCAGAUGGCACCAAGCGUACUGUCGAAUACACUGCUGAUCCGAUCCACGGAUUCAACGCCGUUGUCCACCGGGAACCUCUGGCUGCCAAGGCUGUUGUUGCUGCUCCAGUCAUUGCCGCCAAGACCGUCAUUGCUCAGCCUGCCAUCGCCAAGACUGUCAUCGCCCAACCGGCUCUGACUAAGACUCUGAUUGCCCAACCAGCUCUUUACCACUACCGUCAACCUCUUGCUGCCAAGGCUGUUGUUGCUGCUCCAGUUAUUGCCGCCAAGACCGUCAUUGCUCAGCCAGCCAUCGCCAAGACUGUGAUCGCUCAGCCAGCUUAUGCUUCCUAUGCCGCUCCAGUUGCCAAGACCUACGUCUCGCAGCCAGCCUAUGCCUCGUACGCUGCUCCUUUGGCCACUAAGACCAUCGUCUCUCAGCCAGCUUACGCUUCGUACUCGGCUCCUCUGGCCACCAAGACCAUUGUGUCCCAGCCAGCUUAUGCCUCUUAUGCUGCCCCAGCCACUUACGCUUAUCACCACUAAAAUGUGGCUGAAUCUCACCAACACCUCCGACUGUUUAUAGAACUGUAAAUAUAAUAUAUUUGAAUCCUAAAUAUUUGAA